UCCACUUCAGUUAAAUAUAAGCGGACAUAUGUGUUACAUUUGUAUUAGAAGUGACACAAAAUAUAUGUGAUAAUAAUCAUAGCUGGAAGUGAAACAUCCAAUAUGUUGACGAUUAAAAGGAUAUUAUUCUUCGUCGUAACAUUUUUUAGAUUAACAAAAUUUACUGCAGGUGAUGAUGCUAGUAAAUUUGUUAAAUAUUACGACGAAAAUCACCACAUGCAUUUGAUCAACUUGGAUGUACCGGAAGAUUAUGGGACUGAGCUUAUUGAAACGCGUCUGUCGACAGAAGUCGAGGUGCAGUUUUGGCUCUACACCAAAUGCAACAAAAACCAUUUCGAGGAACUACACGUGAACCUAACGGAAGUCAAAAAUUACAAUCCUAGUAAACCGUUGGUAAUGGUAACCCACGGGUGGCUCGGCUCUGGGUACAGUAAUGGUACUCAGUUGAUUAAAGACGCUUACUUAGCAACUAGGGAUGUGAAUGUUAUUAUAGUAGAUUGGAAAGAGCCUGCCUCGUAUACAAAUUACAUAACCUCCGCUUAUUUGACGGAUAGCGUCGCUGAAGAGAUCAGCGAUUUUGUUUUGGCUUUAUCUAAGAGAUUUGAGCUGCACGGCACAGACAUUCAUUUGAUUGGACACAGUUUGGGAGCACAUGUUGUUGGGUUGACCGGAAUGAAACUUAAAGAUAAGAAAUUUAUUAUAGAUCGAGUCACCGGUUUGGAUCCAGCUCGGCCUUUCUUCGAGUUUCCUCCAUUUCUUUCAGGAAUAACCAAAGACGCGGGUAGUUUUGUAAACAUUAUUCACACUAACUCGGGUGUCUUGGGAUACGAAUCGAGUAUCGGUCACGCAGAUUUUUAUCCCAACGGAGGAGAUUCCCAACCACAUUGCUGCUCCGAGAGCGAAAUAGCAGAUAGUUGUGAACAUCGCUGCGCAUUCGUAUAUUUUAAAGAAGCUGUUUAUGGAAGAAAAUAUAUAUGUACGAAAUGUGAGUCUUACCCCGACUAUGUCGCUGGCUUUUGCUAUUCAAAUGAUGAACAAUUACUGGGUUUAACUACGGACACCGCCCGUGGUACCUAUUAUGUAACUAUAAUAUAUUAAUCAAAAAUUUAUAUGAUGAUUUCAUAUUUAGAUUCAAUAUUAAUAGAAUUCUAAAUCACAAUUAAAUACUUAGGUGCUUUACUAAACUUUAGAAAAAUCAAAAAAAUGUUUUCGUUAAAAAUAAAUGCAAUACAGUUUAAAACGGAAUUCAUUCUGAGAAUCAAUAGCCUUAUAAAA